CGGCGGGGUUUUAAAUCUCCGAAGGGCAGCGGCCGUUGAGUGCGGGCCGGUGUCGCUGGGCGGUGCGGAGGGAGGGAGGGAGUCAGUGCGGCUGGAGCAGGAGCAGGAGCAGGAGCGGAUCGCUGUGGUCAGUGGUCGGGCCGGUCCCGCUCCGCAGGCUUCAGCUGGAGACACCCACGGUUUGCGUCUUUGGUUUGCGAUUUAAAAAAAUCCAAGAGCAUGGAUACUCCUGAAGUAGACUUUCUGAGAGAUCAAGUGCAACGGUUAAAUGCUGUGCUCGCUCAGUACCAAGCAACGCAGCUGCCCAGCUCUGCUAUUAAUGAGGUGAAGCAUUUAAAAGACCAUGAUCCUCCAGCACCUUGGCUCAUGGACAAAUGCCUUAUGGCACCUCUCAUAGCAGAGUAUGACAAACAGUUGCAAAAAGUGAAUGAGCAGUUGAAUUGUCACCAGAUUUAUAUGAAUGAGAUCAAAUUAAAGCUUGAAGUUGUUGUAAGAGAAAAUGAAAGAUUGCAUGCAGAAUUACAGGAGAGUGUUGAAAAACAAUUGGAAUCUCUACCUUCGAGUGCAAGAAUUGGCGAUGUUGACAUUACAGAAGGAGCAGUGGUGAAUAAUCUGAAGGAGCAAUUGCAACAUGCUAAAAAAGAAAAAGACCUAGCCUUGGAGUUAUGGCAAUCAGUUUCGCAAACUUUGGAGCAAAUGCAGCAGAUGUACCAAGAUCACGUGUCAGCAACUCAAGAUCAUGUCUUUGACCAACAGCAACAGACUGAUCAGUUGGCUCAGUUUCAACAACUUGUUCAGCAGCUUCAAAUCGCUAAUCAAAAAUUAAAAAUGACUAAUCAACAGUUUAUAAACACAGUGACAGAUCAGAAUUUGGAACUGGAGCAAAACCACAAAGAAUUGAGGAAAGCAAAAAUUGACCUGCGAACUGCAACAAUGAAAAUGGAAGAAAUGAAUAAACUGAUGCAAAGCAUGCAAGAAGAUGUGCAGAGAAAUGAGCAGAAUGCUGCAGCUGCACUGGGGAGAGAGGAAGCUUCAGACAAACGAUUGCAACAGUUACAAUCUGCGAUAACCCAAAGCGAAGCCAGAUUGCGGGCAGCUGCACAGGUUGCAGAGCAGUUGCAAAAAGAGAAAAUUGGUUUUGAGCUGCAAAUCGGCGAACUUCAGGAAAAAUAUGCACAAGCAGAAGACGAGAAAUAUGAAGCAGUGGCCAAGGUUCGAGAUAGCACGCAACUACUUGAAGAAGCAAACUUGCAGAAAGAUCAGGUUUUAUUACGUGAAAAACAAAAAGAUGAAGAAGUGGCAAAAAUGAAAGAAUCUAUGUUUCAACUCGUUCAAGAAGCUGCUGCUCGAACCAAGAAAGAGAUUGAAAACGUCAGAAAACAAAGUAAUGUACAGAUAUCCCGUUUAACUGAGGAACUCUUUGCUAUGCAAAUGAAUUGUGAAGAUAAACAAGGUCAGGUUGAUCGGGCUAUAAGAGAGAAGCGAGCUGUGGAAGAAGAACUUGAAAAGAUUUAUCGGACUAGUGCAGGCAAUGAAGAAGAUCGCAGAAAAAUUGAUGAACUGCACCUGCGAUAUCUGAAUGCAGAACGUUCAAAAGAUGACCUCGCAAUUAGUCUACAGGCGGCACAAAACAAAAUCAGGAAACUCGAGAUGAAUCACGAGGAGGAAGUUUCCCAGUGCAAAGAAAUGAUCCAGAAACUGCAGAGCAGUCUGGACAACAUUCGCAGCGAUUGUGAUGCGGUCAGUGAAGAGCGGUUGAAGCUGCAAAGAGAAAAUGAGCAAUUUCAUAAAGAGAUGGAAGAAAUCAAGAAAGUUAGUAUGGACAUUCAAAGGAAAGCAAAGCAACAGGUAGCCACUCUGGAACAUGAGUGCUCUCUGAAGGAACGUGGAUUCGAAAUCCAACUAAGGGAACUGGAGGAUACCAGUCGCAAUUCCAACACUGAAUUGAAACACUUAUUAGCAGCACAGCAGAAAGCAGCCAGUCGGUGGAGAGAUGAAGCCAGGAAACUAACUGAAGCAUUUGAAACUAAACAAAACAGCCUGAAGACAGAGCUCAGUCGACAAAAACAGCACUCCCAGGAAUUGGUUUGCCAGCUGGAGGUUACACAUGAGAAAGUGGCAGAGUAUCAAAAACAGCUGUCGGAAAAUCAGGAAAACAUUAACAGACUUCAAAGGCGGCUGACUCACUCUGAACACAGAGCGGCUACAGCCUACCAAAAGCUCAGCACAGUGGCAUCACAGAGAAGAAAAGCCGACACGCUUUUUGAUUUGGAAAGCAUUAUAAAUCAUUAAGUACUUGAACUCCCAUCUUCCAGCGGAAAUAAGCAGUUAACCUGUGCAAUAGUAUAAUCUGUCAAAAUGACCAAAAAUAAAUCCAGGUCUGCAUUACAAGCCAUCACCUGAAUUAAAGCUCCUGCUAUAUGGAUUGACAGUGUUGGACGAAACAUCCCAUCCAAUUUAUAGAUAGAUGAAGUUUGUUCAUGAAAUGAUAAAUCUAAUGGGGUUCUGCCGAAAUGUUGGAGUUUUGUUUGGUGCCCAUUUGUCUUAAUCUUGUCACCAGAGCACAUGAAAACCAGUAGUGGUUUGUUAAUCUUUCAGAAUUCGAAGA